CUCAAUGUAUUUCGCCUGCCUCGUGGUCAGGAAGUCAUGGAGGGAGACUAGUGCCUAGUGUUUGCUGAACCUGAAAACUUCCUUAAGGUGCAGUUGCUGUGCUGGCCUCCUAGGAUAUUCAGCAGCUGGUCCUGUCACCUGCCAGGUCUCCAUAUGCUCAGUCAAAUCUCCAUAACUGUAAAUCAACACUAAGAGCACUGGAUAGUUAAGGUCAAGGAGACUCUCACAAAGGAUCCAGAAGAAUUUGAAUGUUUGCUCCUCACCAAGAAUCUGGGAGAAGAACAACUAAAGAAUGAGUGCCUCUCUGGUAAACCCUCCACAGGAUCUGUUAACCUUCAACGAUGUGGCUUUGAACUUUUCAUUGGAGGAAUGGGAAUGUCUCAAUUUUGCUCAGAGGACAUUGUACAUGGAAGUAAUGUUGGAGAAUUACAACAAUGUGUUAUUUGUGGAAAAUCAAUGCAUCUGUGGAAAAAAUGAGUCGUUCUUGGAUCAAGACAUACAGCACAUUGUCAAUGAGCAUGGGCAUAUCCGAAAGAAGUCUUCUAAAUGUAAUGAGCUUAGUAAUGUGAUUCAUGAAUCCUCCGAAAGUACACCUUAUAACACUAACCAAAGAGAUGCCACAUUCCAAUUCUCAAACCUAAAAAGACAUAAAACUGGGACCACUAAAGAAGUUUGCACAUAUAAAGACUGUGUAAACUGUUUAAAGGGGUCUUCUAUCAUUAGUCUCAAUCAAGGAACCCACAUAGAGAAGAAAGAACACAACAGAAAUAAAAAUCUUGAUGAGGUUUUGGUUUCUAAACAUAAACCCAUUGUGAGACAAAACAAUAGUGAAAUGAACACUUACACUUGUGGUGAAUUUGACAAAUGCUUUACUCAGAGUGACAGUCUUCAAAGUCAGCAGAGAAAGCCAGGAAAGAAAUCUUACAAAUAUAGUGAAAGUGACAAAUGCUUUACCCAACCUUCCCAUCUUAGUAUUCAUCAUACAAUUCAUUCAGGAGAGAAACCUUACAAAUGUAGUGAAUGCGACAAAUGCUUUACUGACAAAUGCACUCUGAGAAAGCAUCAGAGAAUUCAUACGGGAGAGAAACCUUACAAAUGCAGUGAGUGUGACAAAUGCUUUACUGACAAAGGCUAUCUGAGAGUUCAUCAGAGAAUUCAUACUGGAGAGAAACCUUACAAAUGCAGUGAGUGUGACAAAUGCUUUACUGACAAAGGCUAUCUGAGAGUUCAUCAGAGAAUUCAUACUGGAGAGAAACCUUACAAAUGCAGUGAGUGUGACAAAUGCUUUACCCAACCAUCCCAUCUUAGUUUUCAUCGUAGAAUUCAUUCAGGAGAGAAACCUUACAAAUGUAGUGAAUGCGACAAAUGCUUUACUGACAAAUUCAUUCUGGGAAAGCAUCAGAGAAUUCAUACAGGAAAGAAACCUUACAAAUGCAGUGAGUGUGACAAAUGCUUUACUGACAAAGGCUAUCUGAGAGUUCAUCAGAGAAUUCAUACAGGAGAGAAACCUUACAAAUGCAGUGAAUGUGACAAAUGCUUUACCCAACAAUGCCAUCUUAGUAUUCAUCAGAAAAUUCAUUCAGGAGAGAAACCUUAUAAAUGUAAUGAAUGUGACAAAUGCUUUACCUGAAAAUCCCAUCUUAGUAUUCAUCAGAGAAUUCAUACAGGAGAGAAACCUUACAAAUGCAGUGAAUGUGGGAAAUGCUUUACUGACAAACUCACUCUGAGAAGGCAUCAGAGAAUUCAUACAGGAGAGAAACCUUAUAAAUGUAGUGAAUGUAACAAAUGCUUUACUGAGAAAGUUAUUCUGAGAAGGCAUCAGAGAACUCAUACAGGGGAGAAUUCUUACAAAUGUAUUGAAUGUGACAAAUGUUUUGCCCAGAAAUCCUAUCUUGUUCAUAAUCACAGAAAUCAUACAUUAAAGAAGCCUUACAAAUGCAGUCAAUGUGACAAAUGAUUUUCCCACAAACUUAGUCUGAGAAUGCACCAGAGAAUUCAUACAGUAGAGAAAACUUACAAAAAUGCAGUGAAUGUGAUAAAUGCUUUACUAAUAAAGGCAGACUGAGAAUUAAUCAGAUAAUUUAUACAUUUAAAAAAACCUUACAAGUAUUUUGUAUGUGAUAAAUGCAGUACCCACAACAUCAGUCUGACAAAUCAACAGAUAUUUCAAACAGUAGAGCAACAUUAUAAAUGAAAUGAAUGAGAUAAUCCUUUAACAAGAAAUAUCAUCUUAAAAUUCACUGGAGAAUUCUUCCAAAAGGGAAACUUUUCAAAUACAUUGACGGUUUGAAUCCUUUAUUUUGGCCAAUCUCUUAGAAUGUAACAGAUAAUUUAUACAGGCAAGAAUCUUAACAAAUAUAAUAUAUGCUGAAAUAUCUUUGACUUCAUUUCAGUGCAGAAAAAAUAUGUAAAAAAAUUUUUUAUGGGAAAAAUAGUUCUCCUGGGGAAAUGUGGCAUAUGUUUUACACGGGUAAUAUUCUUUUCAACAGUCAGUGCUCUAAACUAGAGAAUUAUUAUGAAUCUGAAAACUUUUGAAAACCUUCAUGCAAUCUUCAAAUCUAAUGUCAACUAUUAUGCUGGCAGUAACUCUGAAUAUAUGAUAAUGAAGAAACAUUUUCAUUAAACUUUUACUUGUUCACCCUCAAAUAUUAUAUGAUGAAGUCAGGUGUGAAAGCCAGAAGAAUAUGAUGUUGUGCAACAAUUCAUGGAGAUAGAAAUGAUCCAUUCCAGAAGGAAACUUAAAGAGUGUACUAUCGCCUUCAAAAUGUCUAAUAAAACUGGCAGCAUUUUGUAUAUUUAAUUCAAAUGAAGAAAUUGACACAAAUUAUACUUGAUAGAGUAUUUGACAAACUGAGCCACCAAGAAUGCAUGUUCUUAAUCCUAUAAUACACCUACAGAUGUGAAGUGUGCUUUGAGUAUCCAGUAUUCAUUAUUCUUAUCACGUCAAUGUGACAAAUGAUUUAUUGGUUUCACGUUUCAGGAUAGUGACUGACUAUGAGUCCCUUAUGCUCUGUCAACAUCUCCUUCCUCAUUGCCCUGUAAAUAAAGCUGAAUAUUUUAACAAGGUU